AUGUUUUUGGUCGAUCAUGAAUCGGAUACGGUCCCGGAGGGUUGCCGAAGCUGGCGCGAUCUGCUUCAGUGCGGCGAACACGAUUGGGAGCGCCCAGUACCAAGUCAAAUUGCCGUCUAUGCAAUGACAAGCGGCACCACUGGUCUUCCAAAAGCCGCCAUGCUCUCUCAUCGAUCGAUACUUGCCCAGACUGCGACUCUGGAAAGCGAAUUUCGUGCCAAGACUUACCUGCCAAGACAAUUGAUUUUCUUGCCGAUCUUUCAUGCCUUUGCCAUGCCUCUGGCAAUGCUUCUUCCGUUACGGUUGGGAAUUCCGACCUACUUCCUUCCACGGUUCCAUCUGGCAGAUUUCACGAAAGCCGCCAACCGCUUUGCCAUCACAGACGUGGCAAUAGUACCUUCAAUAGCGUCCAGCAUAGCCUUGAUUCCACCGUCUGAACGUCGUCACCUGCGUUCAUUACGGCAUCUCAUUUCCGCCGCCGCCCCAAUGUCUGCGAGGGUCCAAAAUCAGCUGUACGACGUCUUGAGCCCGAAUGCGGUUGUUUCGCAAUGUUGGGGCACCACCGAAGCCGGCUGGAUCACGCUCUUUAGCUGGCGCGAGAAGGACGAUUCAAGGAGCGUCGGGCGCCUAUUACCAAAUGUCCGGAUGAAGGUCAAUCGUUCUCCAGUGUCUCCCCUCUGCUCGACCGAAGGCAGCCCUGGAGAAGGGCUGAUCCACAGCCCCAGCAUGUUCUCCGGCUACCUCAAUAACGUCGAUGCGAGUAAGGCGGCCUUUGACUCGGACGGGUUCUUUCGAACAAUGAACUUUGGCUUCGUCAACUGA